UCACUUAGUAUUCACGAUGAAAGGACGUGUCAUUAUUUUCGUGGUUUUAAUUGGAUUGGCUGUUGUCGCUGCAGCAGAAGUAGAAGAAUACAAUGAAUCAUCAUUAGUAACAAGACUAAAACGUGAAACGAUUAUGGUGAAACCUCCGAAGGGCUGUGUGUUCUACGAGUGCAUUGCUCGCUGCAGACAGCGCGGCUACCUGUCUGGUGGCUACUGCACCAUCAAUGGAUGUCAAUGUUUAGGAUAAAACCAUUUAGUACUGUUUUAUAUCUUAUUAUUUAUACCAUUAAAUUCUGUAUGUUGUGUUCUAAAUGUACAUUGGUCUGUGUUGUUUGAAAUUAAAUUAUUUGUAAUACUAAA